GGCGCACGGAUUGCGGGGCUGGGAGGCUGAGCCCCACCCGCAGCGACCGGGGACUAGAGGCGUCGAGGCGGCGUGGGGGGCGGGCAGGCCGCGGCUGCGAGCUCGGAGGUCAGGGGGCGGGGGGUGCCGAAUGCCCGGCUGCGGGGAGCGGAGAGGUGACCCAGAGGCCUUUCCUUCCCUCCGCUGUAGACUUCGGUACGGAGCCAUGGGGGCGCGAGAUUCCUCCCGCCCGCCUGUCCCCAAUCCGGGCACGCGGACACAGGUCGGUGCUGACCGCCAGACCCCCGAGGAAGGCCCGCGGGCUUUGGCCGCUGAAAGUGCCACACCCGUGCGCAGUCCCCUUCUCAGCCGUUUUGGCCACGGUUAGCGCUUCAUUGGAAGCCCGGCCAUGCCCUAGUCUGGCCGCGUGGUGGCCAGCAGUUGGCUGCGCUGCCGUUCUACGGAGUGCACGCACCCUGCGGGCAAAGGCUCGCUGCCCCUGUCACCCUGCACCUCCAGCGCCUGGCGCCUGCUGCAGUGACAGCGCCCGAGACGUUGGUGUCAGUUGAAUGAGUGAACAGGCUGAGUUUGAGAAAGCUGCCGAGGAGGUUAAGCACCUCAAGACCAAGCCAGCGGACGAUGAGAUGCUGUUCAUCUACGGCCACUACAAACAAGCGACUGUGGGCGAUGUAAAUACAGAACGGCCUGGGAUGUUGGACUUCAAAGGCAAGGCCAAGUGGGAUGCCUGGAAUGAGCUGAAAGGGACUACCAAGGAGGAUGCCAUGAAAGCUUACAUCAACAAAGUAGAGGAGCUAAAGAAAAAAUAUGGAAUAUAAGAGACUGGAUUUGGCUGCCAACCAUGCAUUUAACCUAACCUGAUACGAUGCCUUGUUUUUUCUAAUACUGUGGGUGAUGUGAAAUAGUGAAAACAGCCAGGUAACCCAGUUCCUCAAGGCUGUUCAGGAUACGGCUCUAACAGAUUAGAGGCUAAAAUGAUUACUGACCUUUCCCAAGUAAUUUUUAUCUGAGAUCAAUUAAAAGUGUAUUUGUUACUUUAAGUCUUU